AUGAAAACUGCAACUCCAUAUCAUGAAAAGAUCAGUUGUGCAACUGUAAAAGAAGAUUGUUUCUCCACUUAUGAAAUUGAGAAAAAAAGAAUUAAGGAUUUGCUAAAGGAUGUUGACAAAGUCAAUGUUACUACAUAUUUAUGGAAGUCGGUGCAACAUAUCUCAUAUAUGGUUGUUACUUGUCACUUUGUUGAUUCAAAUUGGCAAUUGCAAAAGCAAAUAUUGAACCUUAUUGACAUUCCACCACGUCAUACAGGAGUUGUUAUUUGUGAUGCACUACACAAAUGUAUAGUGGAAUGGGAAAUUGAGGAUAAGGUAUGGACUAUUACUGUUGAUAGUGCCGCUUAUAAUGAUGUUGCUAUUAGAUUGUUGAAAGAUAACCUUCUUUACAAGAAUUCUCUUGCACUUAAUGGUAAAUUAUUUCAUGUGAGAUGUUGUGCGCAUAUAUUAAAUUUACUAGUACAAAAUGGGUUAUCUGAGAUAGAUGAUAUAGUUCAAAAUGUGCGUGAAAGUGUAAAGCAUAUUGUAAAAACUGAGAGCCGUUGUUUGAUUUUUAGUAAAAUUGCAAAGCAAUUCAAAUUGCCUUCAAAGAAGCUUAUUUUGGAUUGUGGCAUAAGAUGGGAUGCAACAUAUUUCAUGCUAUCUGCUGCAUUGGAAUAUAAGGAUAUUUUCACUCGAUAUGCUAAAGGAGACCCGAGUUACAUUUACUUAUCUAGUGCGGAAGAUUGGAGAAAAGUUAAAGAAGUUUGCUCUUUUCUUCAAGAAUUCAAUGAGGUAAUCAAUAUCAUUUCAGAUACUGAAUAUCCAACUUCAAACUUGUUUCUUCCUGAACUUUAUAAUAUUAAGAAAUUAUUCAAUGAAACUCAUGUAAAUGGAAAUAUUUACAUGAAAGUCAUGGUUAACAAGAUGAAUGAUAAAUUUGAUAAGUAUUGGGGUGAUUACCAGGUGAAGUCUGAAUUAGAUAUGUAUUUGGAAGGAGUUCAUAUUUGUGAAGAUGAUGAAACAUUUAAUGCAUUAGAAUGGUGGAAGGUGAACAAAAUGAAAUUCGGAAUUUUAUCAAAAGUGGCGCGUGACAUACUUUCAAUACCCAUCACAAUUACAAUCAGUAAAUCUACUUUUAAUGCUAAAGGCGAAGUUGUUGAUCUAUAUAGAUCAUCUUUGACAGUAAAUACUGUUCAGGACAAGGAGGAUAUUCAAAAGAUUAUACUACCAUAG